UUUGUCCCAAAGUCCAUUUAGCCAAGCACUUUCCCAAACGUGAACUAACUCGUGAGAGUACAUGAAUAGUGCAUAGGCUAAUAACUGCAAAAAUCAUUAAAAUGGCUUUGCAAAUGUUUGACAAGGAACGAACUCUGCAAAUGCGUCAAAAACUAAUUGGGCAAUCGUGCAGACUGUUUUUUUCGCACGAACCAUUAAAAAUAGUGAAAGCGCGAGGACAGUAUUUGUAUGAUGAAAAUGGGACACAGUACUUGGAUUGCAUUAGCAAUGUUCAACACGUGGGACACUGUCAUCCGAGUAUUACUAAAGCAGCCACUGCUCAAAUGGAGCUUCUUAACGCAAACAGCAGAUUCCUACAUGACAAUAUCGUGCAAUAUGCAGAACGCCUUGCAAAUACUCUUCCCCAGAAACUCUGUGUCUUUUACUUCGUCAACUCAGGAUCAGAAGCUAAUGAUCUUGCCCUACGAUUGGCUCGUCAAUAUACUCAAAAUAAGGAUGUUGUAGUUCUAAACCAUGCCUAUCAUGGACAUCUUACCAGUCUUAUUGACAUAAGUCCUUACAAGUUCUGGAAGUUGGAAGGCCAAAAAGAGUGGGUUCAUGUGGCACCACUCCCUGAUACGUACAGAGGCCUCUACCGAGAGGGUCAUCCCAACCCAGGCCAGGCAUACGCAGACACCGUGAAGAACCUUAUUGAUGAAGUGCAGAACAGAGGACGCAAGAUUUCAUGUUUCUUUGUGGAGUCCUUACCCAGUGUUGGUGGACAUAUCAUCCUGCCACCUGGCUACUUCCCAAAAGUUGCAGAGUACAUCCGAGCUGCAGGGGGAGUGUUUGUAGCUGAUGAAAUUCAGACCGGCUUUGGCCGCGUGGGAAGCCACUUCUGGGCCUUUCAGCUCCAGGGUGAAGACUUCUGCCCUGAUAUUGUGACUAUGGGCAAGCCCAUGGGUAAUGGGCAUCCAUUGGCAUGUGUGGUCACCACAAAGGAGAUAGCGGGCACGUUCACAGCCAAUGGUGUAGAAUAUUUCAAUACUUUUGGUGGGAACCCAGUGUCCUGUGCAAUUGGCCUGGCAGUACUAGAUGUGAUAGAGAAGGAGGACCUGAGAGCAAACGCUGUCCGUGUUGGCAGUCAAUUAAAGAAGCUCCUCAAACAGCUCCAGGCCAAACACACAAUCAUUGGUGAUGUGCGUGGUGUAGGGCUGUUUUUGGGCUUUGAACUGGUUAAAGACAGAGUAGCUUUGACACCAGCAACAGAGGAAGCGGGCCUGCUUGUCCAGAGGCUGAAAGAGAGGCACAUAUGUCUGAGCACUGAUGGACCAUGGGCGAAUGUGAUCAAAUUCAAACCCCCUAUGUGCUUUAGCAUGGAGGAUGCUGAAAGAGUGACUGAACAAAUUGGCUUUAUUCUCCAAGAAAUUGAGGAUGCUUCCAAUAACUAGACAAAAGACACAAAGAUGGCAAUGAAAAAACAAUAACAAGCAGUGGAAGGAAGAAGGAAAUGAGAAUUUGGCUGAUGUGUGGCGAACAAGGAUAUUAGCCAAGCAUAAAAUUACAAAACCUUUAAUAGCCAACAUUUUUAGAAUGUGAAACAAAGUCUGAACUGUACACAAUUAAGGGCACUUUACAGUUACAGAAUUUAGCUGACACUUUUAUCCAAAGCAACUUACAAUUAUGACUGAGUACAACUUGAGCAAUUGAAA